AUGAAAGACCUCUUGUCCAAGAAGAAGAAGAAGCUCACUGAUAUUGAAGCUAUUGCACUCACAGAAGGCUGUAGUGCUUUCUUGACAAACAAGUUGCCCCCUAAAUUGAAAGAUCUUGGGAGCUUUACCAUCCCAUGUUCAAUUGGAAAUCAUUAUUCGGGUAAGGCUUUAUGCGACUCGGGAGCUAGCAUUAACCUAAUGUCAUUAUCUACUUUCAGAAAGUUGGGAAUUGGUCACAUGAAAUCUACUACAGUGACAUUACAACUAGUCGAUCGAUCCUUGGCUCAACUUGAAGGGAAAAUAAAAGACGUCUUAGUUUAUGUCGAUAAAUUUAUUUUUCUAACUGAUUUUAUCAUACUUGACUAUGAAGCAGGCAAGAAGGUCCCCAUAAUCUUGGGACGACCAUUUUUAGCCACUAGCCGAACUCUCAUUGAUGUUUAUAAAGAUGAUCUAAUUGAGGAAGAAUUCAAUGACCAAAGCACAACACUUUCUGAAGAGAUUGUAGUGACAUCUAAUGCUGAAUGCUUAGAUAACUGUGACAACAUGGUUGAAGCUAAUAAUCUUGAACCCAAGCAUGGAUGGAAGAUUGAAUCCUUAGACCUAGCCAAUAGAACAACCCCAAUUUUCAAAUCAUCUAUUGAAGAAGCUCAUACUCUAGAAUUGAAACCACUACCUCAUCAUCUUAAAUAUGUCUUUCUAGGUGAUGGCAAUACUCUCCUAGUUAUUGUCUCCGCAACACUAGAUGUAACUCAAGAAGAGAAAUUGGUCCAUAUUAUCAAGCAACACAAAUGA